CCGUCGCACCCCGCGGCGGAAGGGGCGUGUCCGUGGGGGGAAGCGGCGGGCAGGGCGGGCAGGGCGGGAGCAGCCGCCGCCGCAGCAGCAGCAGCCCCGGUGCUGGUGUCAUGUCGGGCCGCUGCUGCCAGGGGCAGACGCCAAGUCGCGACAUCCCGGGCCCCGGCAAGCGCCUCGCCCUGCCCGACGGCGCCCCGCUGCCGCCUGGCGACUACAGCACCACGCCGGGGGGCACCGUCUUCGGGACCACGCCGGGCGGUACCAGGAUUAUUUAUGAUCGUAAAUUUUUGAUGGAGUGCCGCAAUUCUCCGGUUGCCAAAACACCACCUUCUGACCUUCCGGACAUUCCAGGAGUUACGAGCCCAAAUGUGGAGGAGUUGAAGAUUGAGAACAACCAUGUCCAGAGCUGUGAUGAGAAAGCGAGCACAGGUGAGGAAGAGCAGUUUGACAUGGACAUCUAAAGCACGUGCCCUGAGCGCUUCUCCAGUGAAGAACCAGGACCUUCUCUUGAGGAUUCCCACCAGCCAGGCUUAAAAGCAGGCCAUGCCUUGAGUGCCUUCCUGCUUCCCGGGAACGGCAGUCCAUUCCCUUCCGAGAACAGCGUGUGUCCUGUUGCAAGGACGGAGUCUCAGCUUCUCCACGCACGUGUGAUUACACAAGCGCAGCCCCUGCUGAUGACGGGCCUUGGGGUGCCGGAGGAGACACUCUGAAUGAUUGUUUUUGUUUCCAGUUUUAUGCUUUUGUUAAUCAUUUUAAUACUGUAAAAGUUACAGAAAUGCAAUAUAAGGGAGAAAUAAAAAUCAUUUUUGAGUCUCCUGGUAUGGAGAUUAAUGCAAUAAA